GCGAGGAGGGAUAGGUCCCAGCCUUCGCCGGUCUCGCUCAGUCGGUGCUCAGUGUCCGUACCUGACAGUAAAGGAAUCCUCCUACCCAAACACAAACGCAAUGGCAAACCGUGGACCCGCCUAUGGACUUAGCGCCCAAGUGGCCAACAAGAUCGCCGGCAAGCGCGAUCCCCAGGUCGAGAGCGACCUCCUGGAAUGGAUGUCCGCCGUGAUGGGCGAGCAGCUGCCCAGGGGAGACUUCGGAGAGAUCCUUCGCGACGGAACCAUCCUCUGCCGGUUCAUGAACAAGCUGAAGCCCGGCUGCAUUACCAAGAUCAACACGAGCGGUGGCCAGUUCAAGCUCAUGGAGAACAUCACCCUCUUCCAGGAUGCCGCUAAGAAGUGGGGCGUCCCCGAGAUCGAUGUCUUCCAGACCGUCGACCUGUGGGAGAAGAGGAACCUUCCCCAGGUUGCUCAGUGCCUCCUGGCCGUCGGCCGCGCUUGCUACAUGCACCCUGAGUACACCGGCCCCUGCAUCGGCCCCAAGCCCUCCGAGGAAGCCAAGCGUGAAUGGACCGAUGAACAGCUCCGUGCUGGCCAGAGCAUCAUCAGCCUGCAGUACGGUUCCAACAAGGGCGCCACGCAGAGUGGACAGAACUUCGGCAACACGCGACACAUGUAAAGAAGCACCGACCACGACGUAUUCGAUCCUGUUGUCCUGUCCUUAUCUAAUCGACGAGCAUGCAUUUAAAAGCAACCUCGUUUAACACCGCCACCGAUGCGAUGACCUGAGGCCGUCGACUCGCCCGUAUUUUUUUCUUCUUUCACUGUUUUAUUGUUUUGUUUUUUUUCCUUCGCCUCGACAUUGUUAAUCUCUGAAGCCUUGACCUGCUGGAAUCCUGUACAGAGUGACACCGUAUGCGACAAAUGAAGAUCCGUCUCUCAAUGACAUAAAUGGUUUUAUUUUGUAAUAAGUACGCGAGCCAAUAAAAAUGCGAAGGGGAAGAAAAGGACUCGUGUCCUGUAA